AUGAGGCGGCUGCCAGCCGUGGCCCUGUUCCUGCUGCCGCUGUGGUACGGGACUCAGGGGACCGAGGCAUCAAGUGUCUGCGGGCGCCCGAGGAUGCUGAACCGGAUGGUGGGUGGCCAGGACGCCCUGGAGGGCGAGUGGCCCUGGCAGGUCAGCAUCCAGCGCAACGGAAGCCACUUCUGCGGGGGCAGCCUCAUCACAGAGCGAUGGGUCCUCACCGCUGCGCACUGCUUUUCCAACACCUCUGAGACAUCCCUGUACCAGGUCGUGCUUGGGGUGCGGCAGCUGGUGCAGCCGGGGCCCCACGCCGUGUACGCCCGGGUGAAGCAGGUGGAGAGUAACCCCCUCUACCAGGGCAUGGCCUCCAGUGCCGAUGUGGCCCUGGUGGAGCUGGAAACACCUGUGACCUUCACCAGUCACAUCCUUCCCGUGUGCAUGCCUGACCCCUCGGUCGUCUUUGAGGCGGGCAUGAACUGCUGGGUCACCGGCUGGGGCAGCCCCAGUGAGGAAGACCGCCUGCCCAACCCGCGGGUCCUGCAGAAGCUGGCCGUGCCCAUCAUCGACACGGCCAGGUGCAAUCUGCUCUACAGCAAGGAUGCCGAGUCCGGCUUCCAGCCCAAAGCCAUCAAGGAUGACAUGCUGUGUGCUGGCUUUGCCGAGGGCAAGAAGGACGCCUGCAAGGGCGACUCGGGCGGUCCGCUGGUGUGCCUGGUGGGCCAGUCGUGGCUGCAGGCGGGGGUGAUCAGUUGGGGUGAGGGCUGCGCCCGCCGGAACCGCCCAGGUGUCUACAUCAGGGUCACCUCCCACCACGACUGGAUCCAUCGGAUCAUCCCAGAAUUGCAGUUCCAGCAGGCCAGGUCGGGGGCCCUGAGGCGGGGGCCCCGGAGCCCCCCGCCCCCAGCUGCAAGCUCUGCGCCCUGGCUGGUGGCCCGCGCGGCCCUCUUGCUCCUCGGGGCCCUGCUCACCCUCCUCUGAGCCCCGGGGCCCCGGUGCACAUUUGUAAAUAGCUCGCCCGUUCUUUUCU